UAAACGUUCUAAGAUAAAAAUGAUAGCAUUCUGAUAGCAUAUAGACAUUUAAGUAUGUUGCAGUAUAAUUAUGCCAAUGAUAAACAAGUGUUAGUGAUUCUCGUUUAUUACAUUACGGGCAAUCGUGUCGCCAUGUGGUUUCUUGCAGCGGUUAGUUCCUUGUUUAUGUUCGGAGAAGUUUUAUCUGCUAAAGCAGAGUCACGUGUGAUAGACACAGCUCAGGGUCCCGUGCGGGGCUUCAAGGAUCCUAAUGAAAAUGUAUUUGUAUAUUAUGGCAUUCCUUACGCCACAGCACCUACUGCUUCACAGAAAUUCAAGGCACCACUACCGCCUCCUAGCUGGCAAGAGCCAUUCAACGCUGUUGACUUAGGAAUAAUAUGCCCUCAACCAGAUUCCUUUCUCAUCCAAAAUAAUAUAAAAAAGGAAGAUUGUCUUAUCGCCAAUGUCUUUGUACCCGAUACAGAUGAAAAAAAUCUACCAGUAGUAGUAUACGUCCAUGGUGGCGGUUAUAUAAUUGGAUAUGGAAAUAUGUUCACUCCUAAAAAACUUGUUAAUUAUAAAAGAAUAAUUGCGGUAACAUUUAAUUAUAGACUCGGGCCGCAUGGCUUUCUCUGUCUGGGUACUGAAGAUGUACCCGGUAAUGCGGGUAUGAAAGACCAAGUGGCAUUGCUGCGCUGGGUCAGAGCUAAUAUUGAAGGAUUUGGUGGUGAUCCACUUGACGUUACGAUCGCUGGACAAAGUGCUGGAGCUUCCGCGGUGGGACUCCUAAUGAUUUCGAAGAUGGCGAGAGGCUUAUUUAACAAAGUAAUUCCUGAAAGUGGUGACUUAAUUGCUCCGUUCAGUGUCCAAGUUAAUCCUAUUCAUAAUGCAAAAGAAUACGCAAGAUCGUUAGAUGUUGAUAAUAUACUCUUAAAUGAUAUUUCUAAACUAGAAACCUUUUACAAAAAUGCUUCUUAUGAAUUGUUAGUAUCUGGAAACGUCGCACAUAGAACCGAAUCCACAUUCCUCAUGUCACCUUGCGUGGAACGUGACGUCGGAGAAGAAAGAUUCUUAGAAGAUAAUCCUAUGAGCUUAUUGAAAAAUGGCGAUUUUGAAAAAUUACCCAUUUUAUAUGGUGUUGCUGAUAUGGAGGGGCUGAUGCGGAUUGAUAUUUUCGAUCAGUGGAAGGAAAGAAUGAAUACUAACUUUGAGGAUUUUCUUCCAGUUGAUUUGCACUUUUCAAAUGAAGAAGACAAGAUUAGGGAGGUGCAAAGCAUUAAAAAGUUCUAUUUCAAAGAGAAACCCGUAAGUGACGAUACUAUUUUAGAUUACGUAAAUUACUUUACAGACGUAAUAUUCGCAUGUCCAACAUUAAGAACAAUAAAACUUUUGUUAGAAGCUGGUAACGACCAGGUUUACUUGUACGAGUACUCCUACGUCGACGACAGCACGCCGGCUGUACCGCACACUAACGUGAAGGGUGCGAAUCAUUGUGCACAGUCUUUAGUGAUCUUAGACGGAAUGAAUAUAACUCAAAGUGACGAAAGUCUUAUUCCAAAUGACUUGACAAAGUGGAAAACCACAAUGAGAGAAAUUUGGCUCAAUUUUAUCACAAAAGGAAAACCCGAAAGCUCCUAUAUUCCGGAAUGGUUACCAGUGAGUGGCGCCGGUACCCCCUACAUGGCUCUAAAGCAAGAAUCCGAACUGAAAGAAUCUCUCCUAAAAGAUCGGUGUGGUUUAUGGGAGAAGAUUUAUAAGAAAUAUUAUCAGAACCCUGUUCCACCUUCGCCACGUCUAUUGACAAUAAAAACUGAACUAUAGGAAUAAACGUCUAGCACCAAUAUAGAUUUUAUGUUAUAUUAUGUAAUGUAAUAUUAUAUUAUAUAUAUAUACGGGAAAUGUAACUAACAAUAAA